AUGGGUCUGAACGACACGCUGGGCGACGCCAUCGCGGCGACUAUUCGCCUCCAAGACGCUGUCGGCCGUGCCAACGAGGAGGAGAUCGACGUUGCGGUCUCGCAGUUCAACGAGCUUGCCUCGGCGCUGGGCGUGUUGCACUGGAUCGUGGAUGACUUCAAGCGCCAAGACCCGUGGACGCUGGUCCAGCGACUCCUCGUCCUCGAGAAGAUGCUGAAGAAGAUAAGCGACCAAGUGUCGGCCGUGGACGUCGCGCCGACAGACGACGACGUUGUGGCCCGAGCGAGCGGCGGCGCUGCCCUCUUCGGCCACUGCUUUGGGUUUUCUGGUUCGCCCAAGGGCGUCGAGGCGGCCAUCGUGCAGCCGCCGACGCAUUGUGUGCUGGCAGCCCCAACGCUCGGCAGAGACAUUACAGACGCGUGGUUUCCCAGUACCGCCGCAGCCAAAAACUUUUGCGCUGCCGUCCGAUCGAGCGGUCCGGCGCCGCAUCCCGAUCUGCCGCUGCGUGGGAGAUCGGUCGUGCACGUGACGUAUGCAACCGUGCCCAUGAAGUCGUUCAACUUGGACGUCCUCUCGGUGCCGCUUACCGCGUCGGCGAUGGCAGAGGCCGCGAGCGUGACCAACGUCGCGACGGCCGAGGACUUUCUGCUCGAGUAUGGCUCGCACGUGUGCAGCGGCACCUUCCACGUCGGCGGCAUUAUCUGGAAGACGGUCCAUGUGACCACGCGAAGUGACGAAGCGACGGCGUUGCUGCAGGCGGCGUGCCCGGCGAUGGCGAGCUGCGACUUUUCGAUCGACUACAGCAGCUUUCCGUACCAGAGCAGCAUCGAUGUGUGCAAGAGCACGCUACCCGACGAGCUCAAAACGCGAUGCGAGAUAGCGACGGAGAUUCAGUGCACGGGCCCGGACGCGCUCAGUUUUGCGAUCUUCGAGCAGCGACUCGCUCUCGACCCCGCGACGUGGCACAUCGUUGAUCGUCCGACGACGCGCGUCGGCGUCUGGGAGCUCUUGGCGGCCGCUGGUUUCGAGCGCGCUGCCACCCUCGUGCGCGAUGCGUGGGUCGCCCUCGUCUCAGGAAGCGACUUGCAUUCGGACGUUGCUGCUGCCGUGCAUGCAGCGCACGUCGAGGCGUGGCUAACCGAUCGGACGUUUGGCACAGAGCUCAAGCAUACGCGUGUCGACAGCGCAGACGCCGCCGCCGAGACCAUCGCUCGCCAGAUCGACGCUGCCACUAUGUCGUCGACAGACGAGCGCUGGUCGACGUGA